CCCGCUCUCCAUGCAAAACACCUCUCGGCGUCCCGCUCUACCAGUACCAGUCAUGGCAGCGCGGCCGCACUUUGGCAGGAAAACCCUGCUCAUGGCGCCAGCGGCGAGCCCGGCGGCGCCCGGCGUUACUCCCAUGGGCGAGGCUUGGCCGGCUGCCUCUGCCGACGCCGAGCGCGCGUUCACCUGGCUUGACGCCAACGCCGUCCUCGUACUCGCGCUCCUCAUCUGCGGCCUCUUCGCCGCCAUGGCGCUUCAUGUCCUCCUCCAGUGCGCGUUCCGCGUUACGGGGCGCGCGUGGUACGGUGCCAACAACGCCAGCGCCACACCUCAGGAGCCGGUGCCGCGUGCGGGAGCGGGCGGCGGCGGUGGGGGCAGGACGAUGGCGCUCCCGUGCCUGGCGUACUCGGCGGGGCUCGAGCUGGCCGGGUCGUCGCGGUCGGAGUGCGCCAUCUGCCUCGCCGAGUUCGUGCGCGGAGAGAAGGUGCGGGUGCUGCCGCGCUGCAGCCACGGGUUCCACGCCCUCUGCAUCGACCGGUGGCUGGCGGCGCGGCCGACGUGCCCCACAUGCAGGCAGAUGCCGUUCGCCGAGCCCGACGAGAGCGUACAGCUGGCUGCGGAAUGUGCACGACCGGCGCCCGUUGUAGCGGUGGUGCGAGUGAUAAUACACGGUGGCGCCGGGCAGCGCGUGGAGAUUUAGCACCCGUGCUAAUCUUAGCAAAUAGGCAUGGACGUGGACUUUAGUCUCCCGAGCAUAUGAUUCCUAGUUAACAGUAAAAUUGAAAUAAAUAAAUUUUUUAAAUUAUCAUGUUUUUUCUUAAAUGUUCAUGUUAGUGUAUCUAGUAUGCUCGACAGUUUUAAUGCCAUA